UGUGCGCGCCGUGUGCUGUUGUGGGAAGUCGCCUCGUCCUCAGCUCUCAUCGAAGAUCAGAGGCGAUUUUCAUUAAAAAGGAUGCCUCUACCCCCGGCACUGCUGGCCCGUCUGGCCAAGAGAGGGAUUGUUAAACCGUCAGACCAAGAGGCAGAUGAGGAGAUUAUUGCUGAAGAUUACGAUGACAACAACGUAGAUUAUGAAUCCACCAGGCUGGAGAAUCUACCACCAAACUGGUAUAAAGUGUUCGACCCUGCUUGUGGUCUUCCUUAUUACUGGAAUGUGGAAACAGAUAUGGUGGCCUGGCUGUCCCCGAAUGACCCAAGUGCAGUAGUAACAAAACCUGCCAAGAAAAUUAGAGUCGAGGGAGGAGAUGAACGAGUCGAGAGGCCAUAUGAGAAGCCUGACAGAGAGCGAGAGCGGGACAGAGACAAAGACCGGGACAGGGAACGGGACAGAGACCGAGACAGGGACGAGGGGAGGGACAGAGACAGAAGAAAGCCGAGGAGAGAAGACAUAGCUCCGUACAGUAAAAGCAAAAGAGGGAGAAAAGACGACGAGAUGGACCCCAUGGAUCCAAGUGCUUAUUCUGAUGCCCCGAGGGGCACGUGGUCAAGUGGCCUGCCCAAGCGUAAUGAAGCAAAGACGGGUGCAGACACCACGGCAGCGGGUCCCCUCUUCCAGCAGCGGCCAUACCCAAGUCCAGGAGCCGUGCUUCGGGCUAACGCAGCAAACCAGAUACCCAAGGAGUGAGCCAAGCUCCUGGGAGACAACGAAGACUGCGCUGUACAUUCUGUCUUCCCUUUGCUUACAUUUUAACAUUUGCCGUCACAGACUUACAUCUCAUGAUUUUCAUUUCAUUCUGAAACAUGUCAGAAACUGAGUGCUGAGAUUUUACACCAUCAGUGCUUUCAUACUCAUGUAGAACAGUUGUAAAUAUGUUUUUAUAUGACCUGAAGAGUGACCUUCUUGUUGUU